UCGGCUGCUGCUCGCUCAGUCGCAUUUAUCUAUCGCUAGCAUUUGCACGCUCCUGCCUGGUGCGAGUGUCCCAAUGCAGAGCCCAGUGAGCGGCCAGUGGAUAAAGUGGUGAUUGCUCCUCCGGCUGUGAUUCCGUAGCAAGGAAGGCUCGCUGUGCCACGCGAGAGUCAGAUAUAGCGAGUUGUUCGGUUCAAGAGAGUGCAGUUUGGUUCGAGUGGGGUGUCCGAUCGCGGAGCCCAGCCAGCCAGCACCCUUAGGACACGUCGCCCGACCCUCAAAAGUGUGGAAAAAUAUUAUGGCCUUGGCUAGGCUGCCUGCGGUGAGCGAGUGCGGCGCGGGCGGCCCUGUACAGAUCCAAGCAGCGCGGCCAAGCAGCAGCGGGGGUGGGCCCGCCCCUGGGGGCGGCAGUUCCCCGCAGCAGGGCGCCCAGCCAAGCGGCAUGGCCGUGUCGCGAGUGCCCAGCCCGCCGCCUCAGGAAGUCAACACCCCUAUGGCCGAGAACUGGUGUUAUACCCAGGUGAAGGUGGUCAAGUUUAGCUACAUGUGGACCAUAAACAAUUUUAGCUUCUGUCGAGAAGAAAUGGGAGAAGUUUUAAAAUCAUCCACAUUCUCGGCGGGUGCCAAUGACAAGCUCAAAUGGUGUUUGCGGGUCAACCCCAAGGGUCUUGAUGAAGAGAGUAAAGACUAUUUGUCUCUCUACCUCCUGUUGGUCUCCUGUAACAAAUCAGAGGUCCGAGCAAAGUUCAAGUUCUCCAUUUUAAACGCGAAACGCGAAGAAACCAAAGCAAUGGGGGGUCGAUGCUCGACCAUAAGCGGCUCCAAGGGUCGCAACCAAAACUACAUCUCCAACGAGAGUCAAAGAGCCUACCGUUUCGUGCAGGGUAAAGACUGGGGCUUCAAAAAGUUCAUUCGAAGAGACUUCCUCCUCGACGAGGCCAAUGGACUCCUGCCAGACGAUAAACUCACCAUUUUCUGUGAAGUGAGCGUCGUGGCGGACAGCGUCAAUAUCUCUGGCCAGUCAAACACCGUUCAGUUCAAAGUUCCCGAGUGUCGGUUGUCGGACGACUUUGGACAGCUCUUCGAAAACCAGAAGUUCAGUGAUGUCACGCUGGCCGUGGCAGGCAGAGAGUUCCAAGCACACAAGGCCAUCCUCGCCGCUCGGAGUCCAGUAUUCGCGGCAAUGUUCGAGCACGAAAUGGAGGAGCGGAAACACAACAGAGUGGAAAUCGCCGACGUAGACCACGAGGUGCUUCGGGAGAUGCUGCGCUUCAUCUACACCGGUCGGGCGACCAACCUGGAAAAAAUGGCAGAUGACCUGCUGGCCGCUGCCGACAAGUACGCGCUAGACCGUCUCAAGGUCAUGUGCGAGGAGGCGCUGUGCACGAACCUAAGCAUAGACAACGUGGCAGACACCCUGAUCCUCGCCGACCUGCACAGUGCAGACCAGCUUAAAGCGCAGGCCAUCGAGUAUAUCAACACAUGUGUGACCCGCUAUGCUGGUGCUGAUUGCAGGCACGCGACCGACGUGAUGGAGACGCAAGGCUGGAAGAGCAUGGUGCAGUCUCACCCGCACCUGAUCGCCGAGGCGUUUCGUUCACUAGCCACCCAGCAGAUACCUCCAAUCGGCCCACCAAGAAAGCGAGUCAAGCUUAGCUGAAAGCACCCGGCGUGCUGAGCCAAAUCAUCCCCCAUCACCACCACUUCAGCAACAUUUCUUAUGUGUUCAAGCCAUGCCACUAAAACGACGUGUCCCACCCAUUUGUAUUAACCCUGAUUUUGUGCAAAAACACACACACAUACACUCACUCACAUACACAUACACACUGCAAGCCAAAAAUGAAGUGUGCGCCCGAGUUGUUGUCCUGUUGUUUUGCGUAAACAUGCUGCCCCGAGCGCCCUCGUCUUCCAAAGAAGCGCGGGCCGUCCGCUGGCGCCCUCGACCUCCUUAUUUCUGUGCGUGUGUGUGUCUGUGCGACCAACUUAAUCAAAAUGGACCUCAGCGAUAAAUGUGUUGAUUGAUUUGCAGAUGCACACACACACGCAUUCAUGAGCAUAAUUUUUGUUGAUUGAUGAACAGAUUGUGCUGAAAGUGACUUCUUGGAAACCCUAUUUUCAGGGCGUUACUCUUUUUUAGUUAGUGAUUGAUUUUUCCAGUUAAUAAUGUCAGUAGUGAGUUACUAUGACGGUAACUAAUUUGUUGUCGAGCGAGCGAAUUUAGUUUUGUUUCGUCUUCACCGAGAAUGAGAUGAUAAUGAUGGUGAUACAAUCUGAAUGGUAGGAAAGCAUUUUCCGAUGUGAAAUAAGCUGUAAAGAAGCGCAAGCUGGUGAUGCCAUUAAAAAUGUGUAAAUUUGCUGCUGUAGGAUGAUGCUGAAGAUGAUGAUAAUUUUUCACGAAGGGUAAAAUUUAAAUAUCCCUAGAUCUCAUACACUGUAAUGAAAACGACAAACUACUGUUAAAAUGCAGAUUUUCUAACUUGUAGUUUCCUCUCGACUCUUUUGCGAAUUCAACAUUACUUUUCCUCGUUUUUCCUUCCUCAGUCUGUUUUGCGAGCACUUUUGUAACAGGCCAAAUUUGUGCAUGAGGGUUGACGAAAUGAGCGAGAAGGCGUUCUCUUCCCGGUCAUUUACGUAUCAACAACAACAGCAGCCCAACCCUUACGACCUCUCCUCAAAUGUGCCAACCUGGACAGUAUUUUUUACUCUUUGCCCUGAUAAUAGUGCGAGCAAACAUGCACCUGGAAUUCGGCGCAUUUCACUCUCUUCAUACUCAUCGACAGAAGUCCCAAAACACGCCGACUCAUUUGAAUUACUUGACAAAUGCUGCAUUUUCCUCUCUGGUUCUGUAUUUAUGUAAAAAGUCGCUUGAUUUUCCCUGGAAUAAUUUUUGCAAAUUAGCAACACACGCGUCUCUCGUUAAACAAUUAUUUUUGUAUUCUCUUUCUUUUGCUACAGCAAAUUUUUUAGAAGACAAUCCUAUACAUCGUUCGAGGCUCAAACCCAAAGCAGAAUUUCCUCCACCCGCGUUGCCGUAGUCCAGUUGUAUACGACCCCCACCACCCCUCAAUUACAAGUGAUUAAAAAAUUGAAUGAAGAUUCACGUCAAACGUGUUGCAAUUCCCUCCUCUUAAGCUAAUUCAAAGAAAACGGUGAACGAUGAUCAAGAAUCACAAAAUCCACACAGAAUCUGUAAAAUGAAAUUUUGCUGUGCUUUUCCUCCGGCGAAGAAAAAUAUUCCGCGCUUCUGGUAUUGUGUUACUUUGCAAAAAUUAUUUUUAGUUGUACAAACAAUACUGCCACGAGCACUUUAAGCACUAAUUACGAAUGGAAAGUAAUAAUACAUAAUUGUCUGUUUCGAUUUUUGUUCCUAAUGCUAAAGUUGAAUGUGAAGAUAUAAUUAAUAAAUUAAAGCAAGAAAUUUCCUUUGUAUGUUGUAGAAUUUUAAAGAUGAUGAUCAUUUCUUUUGAGUAGAAGAAACACAAUUAAUGCAUUGAUAUGAGAAAACUGUAAAUUAUGAGACAUUCAAAAUUCUUUGUUUGUUUCCCUUUCGGCAGCAAAUGAAUGUACAAAUUAAACCUGUAAAAAAUAAUAAAAAAUUGCUCCUGUUUAGGGAGUCGAAAAUAAAAAUAAAA